UGGCACCGCGCGGGACGGAGCUGAGGUCUUCCUUCUCGAUAGCGUACGGCGGCUGCCGAGUAGAGCGAUAGGGUCUGUGGACCCGGACAAGCCCUAGGGGGGUCCGAGUGUGACCGCGGCCAAGCCCGCGUCGCCUUCUGCGGCGAGUAGGGCCUCGCGGCGUCAUCGGCGGCGAGGAGCCGCUGCGGCCUGGCCGACCAUGUCGGACGCGGCUGAGGAGCAGCCCAUGGAGACGACGGGCGCCACCGAGAACGGACACGAGGCCGCCCCCGAAGGCGAGGCCCCGGUCGAGCCUAGCCCUGGGGCAGCGGCCCCCGCGACUCCGGCGGGGUCUGGGGGCGGGACCACGGCCGCCCCGAGCGGGAACCAGAACGGCGCCGAAGGCGACCAGAUCAACGCCAGCAAGAACGAGGAGGACGCGGGAAAAAUGUUCGUUGGUGGUCUGAGCUGGGAUACCAGCAAAAAAGAUCUAAAGGAUUAUUUUACUAAGUUUGGAGAGGUCGUUGACUGUACAAUAAAAAUGGAUCCGAACACUGGUCGAUCAAGAGGGUUUGGGUUUAUUCUCUUCAAAGAUUCUUCUAGUGUGGAGAAGGUCUUAGAUCAGAAGGAGCACAGACUGGAUGGUCGUGUCAUUGACCCUAAAAAGGCUAUGGCUAUGAAGAAGGACCCUGUGAAGAAAAUCUUUGUGGGAGGUCUAAACCCUGAAGCCACAGAGGAAAAGAUCAGAGAAUACUUUGGCCAGUUUGGGGAGAUUGAGGCCAUUGAACUUCCAAUAGAUCCCAAGUUGAACAAAAGACGGGGUUUUGUUUUUAUUACAUUUAAAGAGGAAGACCCUGUGAAGAAAGUUCUGGAGAAAAAAUUCCAUACUGUCAGUGGUAGCAAGUGUGAAAUCAAGGUUGCCCAGCCCAAAGAGGUGUACCAGCAACAGCAGUAUGGCUCUGGGGGCCGAGGAAAUCGCAAUCGAGGGAACCGAGGCAGUGGUGGAGGUCAGGGUAGUACAAAUUACGGGAAGAGCCAGCGACGUGGUGGUCAUCAGAAUAACUACAAGCCAUACUGAGAGGCAGCAGGAGCGGCCGAGUGACGACCGCACACGCUUUGUUUGGACGCGGAGUGAACACAAUUAUGUACCAAAUUUAACUUGGCAAACUUUUAUGGCCUGUCCCAUGUGCAUCUUAUUUAAAAUUUCCCCCGGAAAUCACUCUCCUGUUUACUAUUCCAGAGCUCUAGUUGUUGUAGGCAGCGUGUGGCGUCUCAGAGGUCAGAGCGGCAUUAGGGGGCUGAUUUUAUUACCAGGUUACCCUGUUCUAGAUUGGAGGGUCUGCUUCCUGCUGCCGCUCUGCAGCCUGGACCUGUGGACCCUGGUUGUAAAGAGUAAACUGUAUCUUAGGAAACCAGUGUCACCUUUUUCACCUUUUAAUUUUAUAUUAUUUGUGUCAUACAUUUCCAGUAAUGGAAGUGUUAAUUUUACUGUACUUUUUGGUACCUUUUGGGAAUCUAAUGUAUUGUAAGGUAUUUUACACGUGUCCUGAUUUUGCCACGACCUGGAUAUUGAAGCUAUCCAAGCUUUUGAAAUAAAAAUUAAACAAAACCCC